CAAUCUUGAAGAGCCUAAACAAAUCAACAACCAACACUUCUACUACUGCUCAGAUCACAAACCCAGAAGGCUUGAGAUAUGGCAAAGGUUCCAUGCAAGAAUAUUCUUCUUGUAGCCUUUUUCCUGCUUUGCUUUGUAUCCAUUGGUGCAAGAGCAAGGACUUUGCAAGUGGCAAAAAACAUUAAUGAAGUAGAGAAGAUCAAGGACCAUCAAGAUAAUUCCUUCACAUCCAAAGGAAAUGGGGUACACCCAGAUGCUGAUGAACAACUGGGGAUGGACUAUACUGGCCCAAGCAAGAAACCUCCAAUUCAUAAUUAAAAUGGGAAAUUAAAUUUUGUCAUGCAACUACAAGAUUUUACUCUUUUCUUAUAUAUAUAUAUAUAUCUAAUCAUGAUUUUGAGCUUUCAUCCUUAGGUAUCUACAUCUAGGAUAUUAAAAAAUAUUAAUAACUAUAUAUAUAUAUAUAUAUAUAUAUAUAUAUAUAUAUAUAUAUAUAGAAGUGUAAACUUGCAGAACAAUGGUGGAUAUUGCACUAGGCUUUAGUCUUUGCGGACUCUUUCUGUGAAUUAAUUAGAGCAUAUCAGGGCUUUUAAGAACUGACUGCAAUGUGCAAUAUAUGGCUAGCUAGCUUUACAGGUAUAUUGGCUUGUAAUACCUUUAAUUAGUUACAGAAUACAAAAGUACACUUAUGUUUUUGGUA